GGGGCGCCUGCGCAGUCAUUCCCCGUUAAGCGGCCGCCAUGGCGGGCCAGGAGGAUCCGGUGCAACGCGAGAUUCACCAGGAUUGGGCAAACCGGGAGUACAUUGAGGUCAUCACCAGCAGUAUCAAGAAAAUCGCAGACUUCCUCAACUCGUUCGAUAUGUCUUGUCGUUCAAGACUUGCAACACUAAAUGAGAAAUUGACUGCCCUUGAACGGAGAAUAGAGUACAUUGAAGCCCGGGUGACUAAAGGUGAGACCCUCACCUAGAGCUAUGCCGUGCUGCUGCUGGGAAGUUGCUUUACAGAACACAGGCCCACGUGGGAAAGGCCACAGCAGCCUCAGCAACUUCUUCUCUCCUUCCAGAGCUACAGGGCUUAUUCUUGUUUUUCUUUUCUCAAAAAUGUGCCCUUUGGGCUUUGCCAUGUACAUCUGGGGAGUGAUGUGGCAUGUGGGAAGAAGUCCACGGGAACCACUGGAAAUAACAUUAGAUAUUUUAUAGAACUAUUUGUUAAGGUAUUUUAGGCGCUCAGAGUCAAAAGCCUGGGACUCUUUGUUAAGGUCCUCCCCAACUCUCUGUUGCUCUCAGACUUUCCUUAUAGCUUGCCAUUCCUUUGCAUUGCUCCUAUAAACAGUCUUGGUCUUCUCUCCACUUUUGGUGGGGAGUGGGAGGCAAUCCUGGCUGAGAUAUGCCUUGGCAAAUGUUGGGAACCUGCCAGUUUCUUGUUCUUUUGGGGAGGUCAAGGUCAGUCCCCCACUUGGCUUGAAGGGAAUUUUUCAGGAUUUUCUUUCUGUCACCUGGGGUGUCUUUGCUACUCAUAUUUCCCUAAUAAACUCCUCAACCUUACCUGACUGCUGUGAUUGUGGUGGGGGAGGAGCCAGAGAUGGAACUCACCUAUUCCACAGAAAUCUUUCUUGUGGAAUUAUUAUUCUGACGUAAAACUUUCAGAUGUAGCUGUUUGAUUCAAAGCUUUGGUGGAUAUCCAGCCCAAUCCCCCAUGUUUGGACUUCUAGCUGACUAAUUCAUCCUGGGAAUCAUUUGGGCAUUCAGCAGACAUUUACCAAGUGCUUACUGUGUAGGCAUGUUAUAUUUUAAUAAAAGAUACAGAGUUGAAUCACG